UGAGUUGCGAGAUGCGCACGGAAGACUGCAGACGAUGUUUGUAUUUACGAAUAUAUUCGUGGUUUAAAUAAUUUCAGACUUGAAAAUACGAAAAUGUAACGUUUUAACAUCAUAUUGGCUUCAUUAUGGCGUUCAAAAAGGAUUGCAAGCAUGCGAAAUGAGUUCGACACAGGUGAGCUGCGAGGUGCGCACGGAAGGCUGCAGACGACGUUCGUAUUUUCGAAUAUAUAUGAGUCAAUUCGCCAUUUAAACGCCUUAAAAGUUAACGGGAAGAAAACCUAAAAGAUUGAGACAUUAAUGACGUAAUUUUCUGCGUUAAAAACUGAUCGCACGCCCACGAAAUAUACGUUCGAACUCGACCGCACCGACCCCGACGAUCGGCGUUGCAGUAGUAAACAAAAUCCGAAGGAGACCUGGGUCCGGUCGUCGCUCCUCGCCUUUUCCUCCCUUCUCCUUUUGUUAAAUGGUCACUGAAAUGAUCAUCGCUGCCGUUUUAGGAUGCUACAUAAUAUCGUCGAUCAUAUUCUUCAAGUUCCCAAUGCUACUGCACAAGAAGAAGGACGUCAAGUUCAUCUGCAGGCACAUUAGUCAUCGCGGAGGAGCUGGAGAAAAUUAUGAGAACACACUAUCUGCAUUUAGGCAUGCAGUGGAACUUGGAACAGACAUGCUAGAACUAGACUGUCAGCUCACCUUGGAUGGUCAUGUAGUUGUUUGUCAUGAUUCAGUAUUAGACAUCAGAACUGAGCUGACUGGUUCUAUAUCAGAAUACAAUUAUGUGGACCUACCGCCUAUCAAAGAAGAAAUUCCAGUGGAUUUCAUGCCAGGAAUCAAGUUCAGCAGCAAGUCCGAGGAUCGGAAAUUUCCCCUCCUGGAAGAGACCUUCCAGAAUUUUCCCAACACACCCAUCAAUAUUGACAUUAAGAUCGACAGCAAUGAACUGAUCACUAAGGUUAGUGAACUGGUUAAGAAGUACCAUCGUGAACACAUUACUGUGUGGGGCAACGUGAGAGAUGUCAUUACCCAGAAAUGCUAUAAGGAGAAUCCUAAUAUGUGCCUGCUGUUUAGUGCCCGUCGAGUUUGCCUAAUGCUGGUUCAGUUAUACACUGGGAUCUUGCCUUUUGUGCCACUCAAGGAGACUCAUUUGGAAAUUUUCAUGCCAAUUGUCAUGAUGAAGAUUUAUAACUAUCACUUUGGGUAUAAAUGGUGGCACUCUGCCGUUGCCCACGUUGCAAAUGCGUUGCUUAUCAGACGGUGUUUAUUUGAACACCUGGCGAAACGUGGGGUCCAGACUUACCUAUGGGUCAUGAAUACUGACGAUGAUUUCCGUCUUGCCUUCGACUCUGGAGCCACUGGUGUGAUGACAGACUACCCAACUAAGCUGAAGGCAUUUUUAGAACAAAACCCACAGUACACUCAAGACCGUAAACUGAGCUAAACUUAGUUAUUGCCACGCUGUAUUUGGCAGCUGGCAAGGGAAGAAUUCUUCUAGAUACAUUUAGAGUCUUAUCACCAUGUAGUUAGCUUGACUAGAGGUGAACUGCAUGGCUCUAUUAUUUUUAUUUAUUUCCUUUGCAACUUGCCUCAUUAUGCAAUUAUCAUAGGCAUUAGGCAAACACAAAAGCUAAUAUUAAAACUCCUUUGGUCCCAAACUCCUGAAGCGGGGGCUCAAGUGUUGAUUGAUUUGACUUGGCAAGUAAUGGGAGGCAGCAUUUGUUCUCUGCUUGCUGCAAUUACUCUUAUAGUACAGUAUCUAUAUGAUUUGACUAUUAAAUACUCAAGAUGAUCUGGUAAAGGAUGAAAUGGCAUCCCUUUGAAUACUCAUAGUGAAUUGUUAUUGAUCUGAUGACAAGAGCCAUAACACUUGUGAGCACCCACACCCAAGCAGUGGACCGCAUUCGUUAACUUUCAAUAGACGGGUUAUUUAGCUGCUUGCUGCCACUGCUACUAAUAUAAAGGUAAGACUGCUCAGAAGUUUUGCUGUCAUUUCUUUAGCGCACAAAUGACAGAAAAUGAUGGGCGAUGGUGUGACGAAGUUGAAAUCAUAGUGUUUACCGCAUAGGACUAAAUUAGGAGGAGCAUAGUGUGCUGAAGUAGUAAUUUUGCAGUCAUGUAGUCCAUGCUCUGUUCACAGCACUUUCUUUGAGGAAACCAUGUAAUUAGACCAUACACUGUUUGAAUUAAAGUGGUAUAAUGCUUUUAGGGCCUUUGGGAUUCUUUGCUUCUUAUCAAAGUGUUUAUUUUCGAUGGAAUAAAAAGUACACUUUUUAUUACUACUUGCUGAAGCACAAAACAUUGGAAGAAUUUACAGCUUAUUCUGUUUAUUGCUAUUAUGUCAUCUACACCUUAACAUAUGCCAUGAAGGUUUUGAGAUUGACUUAGGGUAAUAUUCACACCUUUGUGAAAGGGUUAGAUGAUUUGACAGAAUUUUGAGAUGGACAGUUACCACUGUAUUGUGGUGUGGGCAGUAAGUUGUUAUGCACACAGUAUCAUAUUGUUUAUUUUAUCCUUUAAACGAAUCAAGUGCCCUUAAAAUAUACUGUUAUUUCUUAGGAAUAUGGUCAGUGAUAAGAAUUUGAAGGUGGUGAUGAUGAUGAUGAUGAUGGAAAGGAAAUGGUUUUUAAUAGGAUUGCCUGAAGCUAUGGCAUUUUUUCCUUCUGAAAGGGAAGUAUUGUAUAGUAUGUGUGUUAUAGAUAAGAAAAAAAAAAUUAUGUAAAGAAUGCAUGAUCCUUAAUAGUCUCACAGCUUAUUCAACCUUAGCAUUGUGUGUAGUUCGUUAGUCUUUUAAGUUUUUGUGCUGAUUAUAAUUAUUUAUUAAUCUCAGGUGCAAUUGAAGUAAACUUCCAAUUUCCUUUUUUUGCCCAGUGAUUUUUUUUUAUUUUAUAGUCCCUGCAGGACAGGGAACAGAUGAGAUAUGCCCUCGCCUUCCUUCCCUCAUUCUUUCCUUAGUAUUGGAAUAGCUAGUGUCAUUUUCAUGGAACUCCUAACGAAUUAACAAAACUAUUCCUGCCUUUAUGUAGUCAAGGAUACCCCUUUUAAAAGUAAGUUGGUCUUGACAAACCCUCGCUGACAUAACACUUCCGUUCUUUGAGCAAGCACGAGUGUAGCCUCUUAGGUUGUUUUAAUUCUUGACAUCUGAUAAGGAAAUUCAUGCUUUUACAUAAUUGAGGGUGCCAUUUUAAGAAUAGUUUUAUUUUUUAGUAUAGAAUUGUGGCUGCCUAGGUCAUUGUAUUCAAAGGAAGUUUGUGAUAUUAUCUUGGUUCGUCAGUGUAUUCUCCCUUACUCCGUGAAACAAGACGUUAGAUAUUUUGCAUUUCAUAUUCACUUUACUAGACAUUUCCCUUCAAAACCAUCGUACAAGGUAUCUUAUGCUUCAACAGAAGAAUCUCAUAAAUAUCAAAAGUUAAAACUGUGUGUUCAUUAAUACAGGAUACAUUUUUGUGGAUGGACAUUUUCUGUUAGCAUUAAUUGCAGUAAUGUUAUGAAAUUUUAUAAGUGUGAAAUAGUAGUAAUUGUAUGUGGUAUUUUAUUUCAGCUAUCAGAAAAUAUAUUUUUAAUGCAAAUGGUUUCUUGUUAAGUGAUAUAAUUCUUCUAUUAUAUUUUCUCAAGGCUUUAAAUAAGGUUUUUAAGUAUAUUGCACAAUUGGGGUGUCAGAACGUGUGUAUCUUUUUUAAUUUGGUGCUGUGGAGCCAGCCUUGUGAGAGCCCAGAUAUUAUACUGUGGUACUAUUGUUGUAUGUCACUAAUGUGAAAUCGUAUCAGUUACAGUAUAUUACACUGUAUAUGUGAUACUGUAUUUUAUUUUUUACAUCAACUUCAUUACAUGAAUUACAGUUGGCUUGUACUACAACUCUGGACAACUCUGUGAUUUAUUGAGUAUGUUCAGUACUUUUAUGGGUGCUUGAUGUCUUGAGUGAGGUUACUUUCAGCCAUAUCUCUCUCUCUCUCUCUCUCUCUCUCUCUCUCUCUCUCUCUCUCUCUCUCUCUCUCUCUCUCUCUCUCUCUCUCAUUUCUUAUGUAUACAAUUAUAAUUCAGUUUGCGUAGAUACCUUAUUACUAUGUAGUAAUUAAGUGCAUUCAUUCUCUAUUGGCUGGUAAUGUGUUUGAAUAAAACCAUUUCAUUUUAAUACUUAAGGUUCCAAAAUUGAUUUAUUUAAUUUUUAUGGUUUUGUUGUUAUCAUAUCUUGCAAUGCUGAAUUUUUCUUAAAAAGAAGGUUUCAUUGGAAGGUUUUGUUGAAGAUCCAAAGUUGUCCUAUAAAUUGCAGAUCUUUGUUGAAGAUAUUUACAGUGAGAAAGUGUACAAGUGUUACAUAACUAUUUAGUUUUUUUGUUUUACCAGGACACUUUCUUUGUUUGCUUCCUUUUAUGACCAAAUUAGCAUUAUCAAAGUAUUUUCUUGUGAUAUGUGUAGUGCACUGAGUUUUCUUUCAUUUUAGAAACAAGGUAAGUUGUCCUGGAAUUUCACAAAGGGUUGAAGUAGCUUAGCUGGUUUUGUGUGGACUUGACAACAUAGUGGUCCCAUCAGCGCAGGAUAGAUUUUACUGGCAAACAUGACCUUACCGUCCCAGUAAGUUAGGGAUUGGGAUUCGGGGGAAUCCAUAGGUCUUCCUGAUGAGUGUCCUCAGCAACCACUGCCUGGUUCUCCCAGGUUGUAGGGAGGUCUUAUCUGUGUAAUUUUUUGGUCACUAGGACAGGGUUCACCAAUGCUACGGCCUGUGUCUUGGCAUUGCUGCUUAUGAACAACCUUUGGACCCUGUGAGUCAUGAAUAUUCCCUCCCCAUCAAAAUUUACUCUUAUCAUUUCACUCUUUUUGGGGCAUACCAUUAUCCGUAUUGACAGUCUGCUACCAUGACAGUAUGAUCUUUUUGAAAUUCAUGAAAUGGAUGAUGCAUGUCUAGCAUGUAAUAUUCGUUAUUGUUUUUCUUUAGACGACUGCAGUUUAGUCCAGUGAGCUGUUUUGGGUUAGUUUGAUAUCAGGACGUGCGAAUAAGAAAUUGUUGAGGUUUUGUAAGAAACUACGGCGUCAAUGACCUUCGAUGUCAGGAUGCCAGAGAACUAACAAUCAUUCAUUCAUUCAUUCAUUGUAAGAAACUAGUUUUCAGAGAUAUUUGAUUUCAUACAGUAUGUGCACUUUAAAUGAUCAUGUACUACAAUUAGUCAUUGCGUAGUGCAGUACUGUGAUAUUGGCGUUUAGCAAGUUUGUAUCGAAUACACUGUAUAUAUCCUUGACACCCUAGCUUGCAUCCCUCUCUCCUUAUCUUUAGUUAAAAAUGUUAGCGAAGAAAAAGGUGAGGAACUGUGCAAAAGGCAUUUCAUAUUGAAAUAGAUUUCAAGUAAGAUUUCAGAGAAGUGGGAGAAUAUUCAAGAUCUAACCGAGCUUGUUCGAAAUGACAGUUUUACCGUUUCCUCGGUUUGAAGGAUUUUUGUGAAUUUUAAGCGCUGGAUGCAAUUUUCUGCAAUUGUUCUUGUUGAAGAAUAGCUUUUUGCAAAGCAAAUAAUAGCCUACAAUGUAAGCUAGAAAAUGACCGUUACGCAUUCUUUGAAAUAUGCGUGAUGCUAAACAGUGGUGGAAAAAGUGGGACAUCUUUCCAUGCUACUUUCCAGUAAUUUCCAUUCUAGUAGUACAACUUAAACCUCAGAUCUCCUCAUGACAAUAUAUCUUCCCAGGGACUUUAGUUAUCCAUUUCUUUGAUAACCAGUAGUUUCAAUAUUUUCCCACACUUUUACAAGGCCUUUGUACUCUCUUAAUGUAUCCUUUAUAGGGAUAUUUAUCAUAAUUGUGGCUUUUAUUUUGUCAAGGACAGUACUUUGUUACCGUAUUCUGUUUCAGCCAAAUAUGUAUGUGUAUGUAUGUGUAUACAUAUAUGUAUUUAUUUUGCUGUACUUUGUGUUUUGUACAACAUAUAUUGGUAUUAGUUUUCAAUGUUGAUUAAUUGGCAAUUGAUUUGAACAUUCUCUUAUUGAAAUAUUGUUUAAUUUUCAAGCAUAACAAAUGUUGAAACUUGUGUGUGUGGUUGAUAGAAGUGUGUGAGAUAUGCCUCUUGCUUCACUCAAAAGUGGCACUUCUGCAUUGAUGCUUCUCUGUUAUAUUAAUGUUGUAGAUAAAUAAUGGGUUUGUUAUAUUUAUAUUUGAAGGCUCAAGGUCACAACACUUGACAUAUUAUUGGAACCUGUUUUUUAAAAGAUUUUAAGGUCACCUCGUCAAUUUGAAUUUUGUAGCUUUUUCAAGCUAGUUAUAAGAUUGUGUCAUUACCAAUAGAAAGCAGUGUAACAGCACAAUUUCAUUUUAGUAUUUGCCACCUUAAAAUCCUAGCGAAUCUCUCUUUGUAUUUUUCAGAUUCUCUAAAGAGGUUGAAUUUAUUUUGUGUGGUUUAUGGUUUGCUUAUAGUGUUGCAUGUAAGGUCUUAGCUUGUUUGAAAAGACUGUCAUCAUGAAACUAAUGACAUAUGAAGUCACUUUAGUUAUGAUGCAGUAUUAUGUGGAAAUAGUUAUUUCUAGUCAGGAAUCAUGUGACUUCGCAGAGUAGAAAAUUUAGACAGAUGUGGAGAAAACCCCACUUGGAAGUUAGUUAUGUAAAACUAAAUUAGAGCAGAAGUUCAUUCUGUUAAUUUCUGUUUCCUAGUAGACUUAUCCUUUGUUGAAGGUUUCAGAGUGAGAUUUUCCAGAUAUCCGUUUUGUGUUAUUUAGCAUUUUGCAGUAGUCUCAUGUGAAUGCUAUACUCUAUUUUCUUCCCAUAGUAAAAUAUGUAGCAGCAUUAGAAAUCAGUGCUUUAGUGUGCAAAUAGCAAAAUUAGGAUAAUGAAGGUUGUCAGUGGCACUAAUCUUGAUUUUUUAGGUCAGAUUUUGAGUAUAUCAUUGAUAUAAGAGAGAAGAAUAUUAGUUUGUAAGAUACCCAUUAGUAUUUUUUAAGCUUCGACUUCAAGAAGUCUUACCGCAAAGAGUACCUUUUCACUAACUGCCAUGCUUGUAUGCAUGUGGUAUAGAUGCACCAGUAUUCAAAAGUGAUUAUGUGGCAAGCUUAAAGAAGGCCUCCUUUGGCAUAAAGUAACAUAUGCAACUUGCAGACAAGAGACAAUUUUAGAAAUUCAGUUUAAACUAAGUAACAGUGGCUUCAUCUGCAUGUGCAAAUAUUCUCCAAUCCUUAUUGCCUUGUGAUCAAGUGGGUGACUGAGUUUGAGAGCAUCUCUGUUUAUGAACUCAUUUGAAAGCGGGUGCGAGGUAUUCACUCUUAUACGCAGUAUUCUUUUUAGGUACAUUUAUAUAUCUGUGCAAUAACUUUUGGUCAACUUUUCAUCUUUGGACAGGGGCAGGUUGAGUCUUGUGUACUAAUACAAGAAAUUAAUGGUAGUCACUGUAACAAAAAAAAAAUUCUACUUAGCUUUUUCUUUGUUUAUAUGUGAAUUCCACACCAUAAAAUAAAACCAGAAAUGUCAA